AUGUCCAAAAAAAAGAAGAAAAAUAAGAAUAAUCGCGAUGAAUCAUCAAUCACAGAUUCUUUUGAUGAGUCUUCCUUGCAAUUACUUUUCACUCCGGUCUUUAGUCCUAUUGUUGAAAAACCAAAACAAGGAAAUUUGACAGGAAGUGUACGACAAGUCAAAGAUUCUGCUGCCAAUUUAUACAAUGCAACCCUGAAGUGGAACACUUUGAGUCAGACUGGAGCAAAGCUAAUUGGCCAAAUUGCUAAUUGUAAGCUCCAAGCAAUUUUUAAAGCUGAAGAUGAUGAAACAAGAAAAUUGCAAAUGAUGCCUAAUGAAAUGGAGUCUCUUUGUGAGGAACUGUUGAAACUUAUUGAAUCAAUGAAACAAAUUGUUGAUAAACUGAAUUCACUGAAUACAAAAUUUCAAAACCUUUUAAAACUUGAAGAACAUUACUUGAAAGAAAAUGUUCAUUCAGUGAUUCCUUUCCAAUCUUGGACUUACAAAGAAUAUGAAGCUACUUCACAGAAGAUUCAUGAAGCUUACCAGAUGGAAUAUAUUUUGAAGGAGAAUUUGGCACGCAAUAUUGCACAUGUUAUGGAUCGCCACUUGAUGAUGUUUUGUACCUCAGCAUGGACAUAUGAACCAUAUAUAAAUGGAGAAUGUCAGACUUUAUUAGAGGCACUUGUCCUUGAAACAGGUCUCAGAUAG